AGGGGAAUAGGGUUGGUUAUAGAUUAGGUGUGGUUAUUUAUAUGAAAAAAGAGAUACAGUUAAAAACCUGAAAGAAAAAGAAGAUCUAUAGUGGUUAAAAAAAGGACGAAAAAUCAGAAAGAAUUGAGAAGGGGUUGGUCAGUUUGUUUGCCAAGACUAGAAAGAAUAUAUAUAUAUUUACACAUAUAUAUAUAUUUUUAAAUUUUUUUGAAUAUAUAUUAAAUAAUAUGGGAAGAGGAAGAGUUGAAUUGAAGAGAAUUGAGAACAAAAUUAACAGGCAAGUCACUUUUGCAAAGAGAAGAAAUGGUUUGCUUAAGAAAGCUUAUGAACUCUCUGUUCUUUGUGAUGCUGAACUUGCUCUCAUCAUCUUCUCUAACCGUGGUAAACUCUUUGAGUUUUGUAGUGGCUCUAGCAUGACUAAAACGUUGGAGAAAUAUCGAAGAUGUAGUUACGGUAUACCGAAUGCUACUCAUCAAGUAAGUGUGAAUCAACCACAGAGCUUUGAUGACUAUCUGAAUCUAAAAGCCACAGUUGAAUUCAUGCAACAAUCUCAGAGAAACCUUUUGGGAGAAGAUUUAGGUCCACUGAAUGCCAAAGAACUUGAGCAACUUGAACAUCAACUGGAGACAUCCUUGGAGCGCAUUAGAUCCACAAAGACACAAAGCCUACUUGAACAACUUACAGAACUUCAACGCAAGGAACAAAUGCUUGUCGAGGACAAUCGAGGAUUAAAAAAGAAGCUGGAAGAAAGCAGUGCGCAAGUGGCGGUGGCAGCAGCUGGGGCAUGGGGGUGGGAAGAUGGCGCCGGAGGGCACAACAUGGAGUAUCCCAGCCGUGGUGUUGCUUCACAAUCAGAUGCCUUUUUCCACCCCAUAGUUCAACCCACUCCCACUUUACAAAUUGGGUACAGUUCUAUUGGCUCAAUGGGAAUGAAUCAUAUUGGAUCUCCAUCCCAAAAUGCCAAUAACAAUGCAUUUCACCUUGGCUGGAUGAUUUAAAAUUAUGACCUAAACUCAAAACCAUAGUCUUCUACUAAAAAAAAAAACCCUAUUAUAUAUCAUAUAGCUUUCGAAUAAUUUCGGUUAAUUAAUUAACUUAAUCUCGUGCUCGAUUCUGCUGUGUUGUUUCGAGACCACGACAAUCUAGUUUAUGAAUUUGAAAUUUGGCCUGUAUUAUUUGAGCUUUCAAACUUUUGCUCGUUUUACUAUCACCUCUACCUAUCCUCUUUUCAGUAGUGUACUCAUUAUAUAUAUAUAUAUAUGCAAACUUGUAAUUAUGAACUCUCCAAAUAUAUUUUUAAUUAUAUAUUGCUUUUCCGUUAAAAAAA